CGCUGGUGGAAGCAGCUGAGGAGUAAAACGAGAAGGACAAUACAGAAGUCCACUGAUUCUGAAACAGAGUGAGACAGUUGCAGUGUGUUCCUGGAAAUCCUGCAGCAGAAUAAUCGAUCAGACGUCCAACAUGGCCUCCGUCGCCCCGUUCAGCCGCCGUCAGUGGGCGUCUCAGUCACUGAGGGUCACCGCCAAGGAGCUGUCCAUCGUCUCAGCCCGGGGCAAAAACAACGCCAUCGCCGAGCGCUUCUCCAAGUACCAGCUGGCAGCAGAGGAGGGAAAUGCAGAGAGGAAGAAAACGGUUGUGGAUCCUUUGCCUUCGUCGCUACGCAGCGGAAACUUGAGCGAUUUAAAGAAGCGUUGGGAGCAACAACAACAACCGCCCAGCCUCAGAACCGAACCUCAGGCUUCAUCCUGCAGCUCCAACAACCUUCAGAACCACAUCGAUCUGUCAGCAGGAGCCAAACCUACGGCAGCAUCACAGAUCAAGAACAUAUCUGAUCCCACUACACAGUCGGAGAACCAGAUUCCCUGUGAAACCAGCCGCUCGGCUCAGGAUCUGUCGGAUAUGGAAGCGAAGCCCAGCAGAGAGUCGGAGGUUCAGGAGGGAACCGGAUCAGCUGAAGUUCCUGACUGUGAGAAGCCUAGCGUUCCUCUGAACAGCCUCAAGAUGAUGUUUGAAAGAGGAGAGAACCUGGAGAACCAGGCGACGAGUAACAACGGGAACAACAUGGAGCAGAUACUAGGAGAUGGAAGUCUUGCAGAGUCAACUCCUCUGCGAGACAGGAUGGCCCUCUACCAAGCGGCCAUCUCCAAACAGGAAGUCCCGCCCACCUCUACCGAUCAGCUGGACACUUUCUGUGGGAAGCAGAAGGAGAAUGUUCCUCCGUUUAACCUGGACAUGAGUCCAGAGUCCGAGCAGAACGGCAGGAGAGUUUUUACCUCUGAGAGCAACGGCUCUGGUCCUGGUGCUGCUGCUUCCUCCACUCAGAAAGACUCUCCUCAGGCCAAGACUCCCAGAAGUUUCCGUCUGCCGGUGAGGGAAACUUGUGUGUCGUGUCUGAAGACAGUUUAUCCUCUGGAGAGGCUGGUGGCCAACCAGCAUGUUUACCACACCUCCUGCUUCCGCUGUUCGCACUGCAACACCAAACUCAGUUUGGCGAACUACGCCUCCCUGCACAACAACGUCUACUGCAAGCCACACUUCUGCCAGCUCUUCAAGGCCAAAGGGAACUACGACGAGGGCUUCGGCCACCGGCCUCACAAAGAGCUGUGGGAGGGUAAAGGCGACAGCAGUGACACUUCGCCUUCAUCCAACCCCCCGACCAAACCAAAGAUCCAGAGCCCAGCCUCAGACCUGGAGAGCCCCAGUGUGGAGGACUCUCCUCUGGCUAAAGUCAACGUCCUGAUGGCCACCAUGGAGGCUCUGGGUCAAGGAUCACCAGAGAAGGCAGACAGACCUGCAGAGACCCGCCGGCUGAAGAUCUCCUGGCCUCCACGGACAGAGCCGGAGGAAACAUCCAGCAGUGGAGCAACACCAACCACAGAUGGAGGCUCUGCAGGGAAGCCCAUCAGAGCCAAGUGGCCCCCAGAGGAUGAAUCUCCAUCUUCACCUCCAGAGCAGACCAGAGGCUCCCCCUGCCUCCGCCGGAGCUCCUCCCUGAAGGAGCGCAGCCUGGCCUUCACCCUGGCAGCUCAGCCCAGCGGCCCUCCUGCUGAGGCCAGAAAACAGAGUCCUCCUCCUUCACCUCCUGCUGUGGUCGACCAGCAGCUCAGUCCUGAAGCCUCCAGCAUGGAGCUGCAGCACAGCGAGCCGUCGUCCAGCAGCCAAACCCCCACCGAGGACAGCUGUGUGGACGUUCACACCAGCUCAGGAGAGGAGGAGAUGAAGAGCGAGGAGGCGGCAGAAGAUCAUCUCACCACAGAGGGAGAUGACGCUGCAGGAGGAGCAGCUGAGGAGGAGCAGAUGGAGGAGGAAGAUGGAGGUCUGCUGGAGGAGGAGAUGAAACUUCAGGAGCCGACGGCCGUCUCCUCCCCAGAGGAGGAGGUGGACGCCAGCCGGGCGUCUCAGGACGUCGGCUUCUGGGACAGCGAGGAGGUGGAUGAUAAAGAGGAGGAGCAGGAGGCGCUGACGGUGGAGGAGAUGAUCAAACGGAACCGACACUACGAUGACGAAGAGGAGGAAGAGGACGUUUAAACUGAAUUCUUGGCCAACUAGUCGUCAGCCAUGGACGACUCUGAACAGCCUCUGAACUUCUUCUUGCCAUUCCUUCUUUUUUAGACGCUUUCUUCAUCUUCUUCUUAAAAGAAAGUUGCUGCCGUGUUUAGUGUGAACUCUACUGAACUCUUGAUCUGUGCCUCUUCAAACAGUCUGAAACACUUAAAGCCAUUCCUGCAAAAAUAAUUUUUACAAGCCGUCUGAAAAAACGACAGGAUGUUUUUUUUAAAAUGUACACUAUUUACAAUAAAAACCCCGUUAAAUAUUUUUUAAAACUGAAGUCCAAAGGUUAUGAUUCACAGAACAGACAUUUUAUUUUUGAGCACAUGCCUUUUGUAUUUUUUAUUUCCAUUGGAGCUUCCUGAUCUGAAACCAACUAAAUCCAGCACUUCACUGUUACGCGUUUAAAUAAUGGGUUUGGUUAGUUUUGUGCUGUAGGACGGCAAUCCUACACGUGCAAGCUGAAAACAUACACUUUUGAUUUUUCUUUUGUAAUUUUGACAGGGUAAAACUGGACAUGAAUACUGUUUUUAAACCAGGGGACCAAAUAUCUUCAACUGCUACUGUUUAAAUAAAUUCUUGUACACAAACCUU